AUGCUGGUGUUUGUGAAGAAUGGGGAAGUGAUCCACACAGAGGAUCUCCAAAAUGUGGAUCCAUUGACACUAGAGACAUUUGAGGAGAUUCUGGCAAGCACGGGGUCUGUUGUUUUCUGUAUUUUGGUAUGUGAGAGCACGCGACAUGUAUAUCUAGCAAGUAGUAUCGUUAGUAUGAGAUAUACGGUUUCUGGAGCAAUCCGGAUAUAUAAACUGAAAGAUCCCUCUACCAGAAAUGAAGUCAAAGACAUUUUAUAUUUUGAGGUUGUUAGAAACCCUCUAUACCUCAGGAUAUUUAAGGAUAUCCAGAAAAGCAAUCCCCUGCGAAGAAAAGGAAAUACGAUGGAUAGUCUGGGAAGCAGUGCAGGGGAUUUCUCGCAAGUAGGCCCCGUAGUGAAGGCUGUGUUUAUAGGAAAUGAGCUUGACUUGGUGUACAAUACAGAUCUGCAGAAAAAGGUGUUUCGAAAUGGAGAGAAGAGAGGGUCUUUUGCCUCUACAGUUAUCGGAGGGGUGGUAUUUUUCCUAUCCUUUAUUCUGUUAUUUUUCUUCAUGGUAUGUUUUUUCUACAUCCUGUUAAAGUUUGUGCUGCUUGUGUGA